CCCCGAAAGUCAUCGACCAUUUUUUUCAAUCUUCCAUCCCUAUAAUAAAUAUCACAGUUUCUCGCUCCUCUGUCCACACCCUAGAAACAUUCCUCUGUAUUGAGAAGGAUGGCGUCAAUGUCUUCGGUCGAGCUGCAUAUACACAUAAUCUCCUCAAUAAUCUAAUAAUUCAAUUCCUCUUGCUCGUUCUCUGCGGCAUGGCCGAAAGCUAUAUUUAUACCAACCACCAGAAGCUCUCCGCAGAUUGUAUGCUUCGGAAGAUCCAACAUGCUCACCUCACGCAGGCUAAUAUCUCUCACUCGCGCAUCUUGCGGCCGUUCCUUGAGACCUUCUCUCAGAGCUUAUCUCUCUUCCGGCUCUCUCCUCCAAACUCGCCUCUCCUCCACCCUCCCUGACCUACCCGUCCUCCGCGCCAUACAAAAUCACGACCCGAAAUCAAUAGCCGUCGUUCACAGCGUCUCCGGCCGAUCCUUCACCUAUGGCAGCUUAAUUGGCGAUGUCUUGCGCUCCCAAGAGGGCCUGUUGCAAUGUGCUGCUGCAAGCUCUAAAAAUGUAGUUUUGCGCGGGUCACCCGUGGCUUUUUUGGCGGAGAAUAGUUAUGACUACGUAGUGACACUGCUCUCCAUCCUUGCUUGCGACGGCAUCGCCCUGCCCCUUUCACCAAGCUUCCCAGCUGGAGAGUUGAGAUACAUUCUGGACAAUUCGCAGACUGGUGUAUUACUGGCAACGGAAAAAUAUAGCAAGAAAGCUCGGGAACUAGUCGAGACCGAUCUAGAAAAUGCUCCAGUGUUGAGAACACUUGAUAAGAUCGAAAGUGGUGCUGGUCCAACUGCACAACUGCAUUUUCAAGAUGCAGCAGACUUGCGGGGUGGAAUGAUGCUAUACACGUCGGGAACUACGAAUAGGCCUAAAGGAGUCCUCCUCCCCCAAACCGCUCUCUCAGCGCAAGCCCGGUCCUUGGUCGAGGCAUGGGAGUACUCACCGGUCGACCGGCUGCUCCAUGUCCUCCCCCUCCAUCACAUCCACGGCAUAGUCAAUGCCAUUCUCACUCCGUUACUAGCAGGCUCGUCUAUCGAGUUCAUGUUCCCGUUCAACCCAACCGCAGUCUGGAACCGACUAGCAGCCCCAUUCAUGCCAUCCAACAAAUCCAUCAGCGAUCAUACUAAACCAAACAGGGAGAAAAUCACCUUCCUAACCGCUGUCCCAACAAUAUACAACAGACUCCUAACAACUCACAAAACCCUCCCAUCAGAAACUCAACGAGCAGCACAAACAGCCAUCUCGCCGGCAAACCUCCGGUUGAACGUCUCCGGUUCUGCCGCCCUACCAACCUCCACAAAGGCCGCGUGGAAGCAGCUUAGUCACGGCAAUGUCCUCUUAGAACGGUACGGGAUGACUGAAGUCGGCAUGGCGCUCAGCUGCGGUUUGGAUUUUGCUGACCGCGUCGACGGCAGUGUCGGCUGGCCUCUCCCACAUGUCGAAUGUAGGCUUUUUGACACGGACGCCAACGAGGUUAUUAGACCCGGUGAGGAGGUUGACGCCAAUGGGCGCGAGAGGGUGGGUGAAAUCCAAUUGCGCGGGCCGACAGUCUUCAGGGAGUAUUGGAAGAAUGAGAAGGCGACGAGGGAAGAGUUUACGGAGGAUGAAGAUGGAAAAGGACGUUGGUUUAAGACAGGCGAUGUGGCUGUGCGCAGACAUGUUCGUGGUGCUGGUGCCGGUGCGAGACAGAACGAGGAAGGACAGGAGUGGUGUCGCGGCCCGUUGUAUUUCAUCCAAGGCCGCAGGAGUGUGGAUAUCAUCAAGACAGGUGGUGAGAAGGUUAGCGCGCUGGAGGUUGAGAGGGAGUUAUUAUCGUUACCCCAGGUCACAGAAGCAGCUGUCCUCGCGCUCCCCUCGCACCAAUGGGGGCAGAAGGUCGGGGCCGUCCUCGUCCUCAACCCCGAUUUCGCAAAUACCGGUCACGGCGGCAAAACAUGGGGGAUAAUGGAUAUGCGUCGUGCGCUUAAGGGGAAGCUUGCUACGUAUAAGAUUCCGUCGGAGAUACGGGUGUUGGAGGAUGACUUACCGCGCAAUGCCAUGGGCAAAGUUAACAAGAAAUUGCUGGCGAAGUUGGUUUUCGCGGAUUUGCUAGAGUCGUAAGCGGUAGGUGAUACGUUGCAUUUUCCUUCUUCCCUUACGGGAUGGAUGGAUUGGGGAUGAGAGGAAAGGGAAAGAUGGAUGCGAUGCUUUCACACGGUAUAACACGAUGCACGCCGUUAUUGUGUUUUCAUAGAUUGAUCGAUGGAAUAUGGGAUGGACGCAUAGAAAGGAAAUACAUAGACUUAUACGAUAGACGGGCUUUUCCAAGGCUGCCUCUCCAAACCAUAUUAUACUACAUAGAAAGAAAUACUGACUUCCCCCCCCUCCGUUCCUUUUCAUGUUCCCCCCGUCAUGAUGAAAAUAUGUGGCUAGGCCUAGGUAACUUCAAGUCUGAUUUCCCUGUUGUUAUUGGUUAUGGUUGUUUACAUAUUCAAUUCCAUAACUCUGAGCCCGGACUUGAAUGGCUACAACGUUGUGUUGAGGUAGUCUGCGCAUAUACAGCUGGCUUUGACCAAAUACAUACCUCACCAACACAAAAAUAAUAUUGUCUCUUUCUUGGGGUUACCUAUUAAGAUGUAUAUGAAUUGCCAAAUAGACAAGGAACAUAAAAGCUAGACUCAGCAGAAACUGGAAAUGAAGCACUACAGCCUAUGAAAAGCAAGACGGGGCGAGAAAAGAGAAAA